UGCAAUAUCUGAUUGUGUUGUUAUAAGUGCGUGAAAUCUGUGUUGAAGACCAGGACAGUAACUUAAUAUUGUAUCAAUUAUAUAUAUAAAUGUAUUUUUUUAAAAGAAUUGAACAGAAUAUAUAUAGCACAUACAUAACAAGUAAUAUUUGAAUACACCCAUUUAAAUUCGAGAGCUACAAUGGAUUUGAGGGUAUCGUGGCUUAUCUUCGUGGUGCCCUUUAUAUUUGCAUCGCCAUCACUUGGACAAGAACCAGGGGCAUGUUUGUCAAGGUUUGAUUAUGAGUAUAAAAUGUUACAGAAAAUACAGGAGCUGGAAUCGGAAAUCAAACAGUUAAAAGAAAGCGUAAAUAAUCCAGCAAAGGUAUCGUUCAUGGCUCAACUAAGCGCGGAGGUCGAAAACCCUGCUAUCGGCAGAUCCAUUGUCUUCGACGACGUUCUUCAAAACCAUGGCAACAGUUACAAUGGUAACAACGGAGUGUUUGUUGCCAAGGUUCCAGGCGUUUAUAUGUUCCAUCUCACAGCUUCUUCAAAACCAGCAACAGGAAACCAUCUAGGGCUGUACGUUAUGAAAAACGAUGUUAAGGUCAACUACCUCUUCUUAGACAACAACAAGGACUUCUGGCUGCACCGUUCUGUUCCGACUGUCAUUGACCUCGAGACCGGGGACCAGGUCAAGGUCAUUUUUGGGAAUGUCAUCAAGUCAUCAACUCUGGGUGGAUGCUGCUUUCAUACACAUUUCAGCGGAGUUUUUAUUUCCAAGCAAUAGAAUGUUAGAGACUGUGCGAAACACAUCGCGUAAAUGUAUACGUACGUAUAUUUAAAAAAACAGGUGGCAGUUCGGUUUAAAAGCCGGUUUUAUUCAUCUACUUAAAACUUGUACGCGCAUAAAUUACUUUCCUUGUGCUAUUGCAUAUGACAUUCUUAACUUGUACAUACUUGGAUGACGUAUUAAACAAGGAAAUGCAUCUGUCAUUUUAAACUUGUACACAUACUAUGCUGAUACAGUAAACAAUGAAUUGCACAUGCCAUUCUAAAAUGGUACAUAUACUUGGAUGAGGAAGUAAAAAAGGAGUUGCACAGGCCAUUCUUAACCUGUACACGUAUAAGGAUGAUGUAGUAUAAAGGAAUUGCCCAUGUUAUAAAUUGUACACAAAUACGGAUGACGUAGUAACCAAGAAAUUGCACAUGUCAUUUUAAACUUGUUCAGAUACAUGGUUGAUGUAGUAAUUAACAUAUUGAACAUGCCAUUCUUAUCUUGGACACAUACUUGGAUGAUGUAAUAAAAAGGAAUUGAAAAUGCCA